AUGUGGAAGUGGCUGGAAGUGAUAACUGUCCAAGAGCAGAACGAUGAUUUUAGCUGCGGAGUUUUUACCUGCAUCUACGAUGAACGGCUCGCAAUGGGUUUACCACUGAAGCACCAACCCGUUCAUUUCUCCAGCAUACAAAAAACGGAUAGAGCGCUAUCUCAGAAGCUCUUUUAUAGUAACCAACAAAAUCACCUCUGGAAUGACAUCUCUACCACGCCUACGCGAUUGAGCGCAACAAACGAAAAAUUGCCUUCAAAGGAUCAACAUGGACAAAAGACAACGACAAGUACUGCCGCAAGCAAUCACACACCUAUAAGCGUGACCUUUUGGGAGAACGACAUUGAAGUAGAAUUUCUCAGCAAGAAUCAAACCCGCGGAGAUUUUCUGUACAGCAGCUCUUAA